CUUUGAGUUUAUUUGAUUGGGCGUCUCAGCUCAAAAACUGUUUAGUAGCCAAUCAACAUUAAAUCGUUUUAAAACAAAAAGGAAUCGUGUUGAAGUAAGAGGGAAUAGUGUUCUUACUGCAUCAAAUCGUGUUGAUUUUUGAUUAAGAUUUGCCAAACGAGACAAAAAGGUCCGUUAUCUUUUCGACCACACCUUGCAUGUGUGGUGGCAGUGGCAUUCGCAUUUUAGCUUUCGGUCGGAAGAUAUCGUUUUAAUAAAGUGAAGUGAAGUGUUUAAAAAAUUAUUUGUAAUGGAUGUACAAAGUAAUGAUUUUGUGUUAAGUGAGUCAGUAACGUAUGAAAGGGACGACCAAGGAAAUAUUAUUCUUAAUUUGCCAUCAGUACCAGUGUUGGACCAAAGUCAAACAAAGUUGGACGAGCUGCUGGAUAACUUUAACUUGCCGGAGGCAAAACAUUAUUUAAUACGGGCGUCCAUAACCUAUGAGAGUUUGCAGUAUUUGUCGAAAGAAGACAUUAAAGAAGCAAUACCACUCAUUGGCCUACGUGCAACUUUCAGAGAGAAGUUGUUUAGCUGGAGGAAAACUGAGUUUGGGAUUGUCGAUGAAAGUUUGUCGGAUUCGAUUGCCAAUAAAGUGGUUUCCUGGCUAAAAACACAACCCAUUGGUUGUACCACACCAACGCCAUCAACGAGCUCAUAUUUGAAUUCUCAAUUAUCGAAAAAACUAGAACAUCUUCUCGAAGAAAGUUUAAAGGGCAAAGCGGCAAAGCAAUUUUACAAGGACAAUAACCACCUAAUAGACUCAUUUCGGGCCGAUGUUAUAAAUAUCAUUUUAGAAGAUAUUUUUUUUCAUAAAAAAAAAUUAACGCCGAAAGAUUUUCCUCCAAUCAUAGAAGAGAUUCUAGAGCUUUUUCCCAGCGAAAUAAAGGAAUAUUAUUUUAGCCCACGUGGAACAAAAAAAAACCCUGGUGGAAAACUUUGGGACAGGUAUGUAAAUCAGAAAGCAAAGCGUUCGCGACUUUUGGUUCCAUUAUCUGACAACUUGGAAGAGAAUAGCAACCAAAAAGAUUCGGUUACAAAACCUUCUGGUCUUGAUAAAAUUGAAACAGCAAAAUUACUUGCCUUUAAACUAUCGCUCUCAAGAGAAUCUUCUGAUUGGGACAGUGUUAAAGAUAAAUGGCAGCGCACAUUUGACUUAAGACAAAAGGAGUUGAAAACUUCUCAAACAAACGUUGAGUUUUUAAUUGACUGGCCUCUUUUUACAAACGCAAAAGCUCAGGAUCUAAUAAAUAUUGAUUUUGACUUACUCCAUCCUAACAAAGGACAUCUGCUUCUAAGCAAGUGGGAAAAUUUUAAAAGGAAAAUCGAAAAAUAUUACUGCCUACAAAUCAAAGAUAAAAAGUCCAGGGAAAUUUUAUCUAAUUCAAAGGGGAUAGCAGAUCCAAACUCUUUUGACUAUAUAUUUGCUGUUCUUCUAAACUCAGUUAUUUUGCCAACGGCACGGUUUGCAGACAAAGGAUCAAAACUCUCCAGAAAAAUUUCAAUUCCGGAUGCAAACGAAAGCUUUAUUGUGCACUUAACGACUAUAAGUGAUUACAAGAAAACCUUAUCAGAUCUUCGGGAGAAAUACUUCAACAAAGGUUUGACAGUGCAACCAUUAUUAAUAGUUGUUGGGUUAACCAUUUAUACACUCAAAGAGUUUUAUUUAUAUUUUGAUAACACACUUCUUAAAUUCGAUUCAUUCUUGACAAGCUUGGAUAUUUGUUUUAAACUGUUUCAAGUACUGUCACUUGAAUAUCCAAGAGGGUGCAGUGGACCCUGGCUUUUUAUUCAACAACAUUUCUACGAAAUUCCACUUGCAAACUGCAGUAAAAUACCAAGUAUUUGUUCGCUAUUAAACUUUUUAGAAGAUCGUCAAUCGAAUUAA